GCCCAGGAUGACGAUCGGCGCGUCGUCCAUGGUGAUUGACUAUCUGGUGUUCGUCGGCUGUAUCAUCGCCGCGUUUGUCAUUCCGCUAUGGGGCAAAUUUCGUGGCCGUCGAAAGGAGACCACCAAAGCGGACUAUGUAUUCGCCACCGGAAACGUCUCGAUGGGCGCCAUGAUGUUGUCCAUCGCCCGUGGCACCCUUGGUGUCCGAUCUUUCCUUGGCUAUCCGUCAGAGCUGUAUUACAGAGGUAGCGCCAUGUGGGAGACCAUCUAUGGUAUGCUGCUCGCGUAUCCCAUCGUGUGCUUCAUCUUCGUCCCUGUUUACUACAGCCUCGGCAUCACGUCAGUCUAUCAGUAUCUAGAUAUGAGGUUCAACUCGAAGCUAGUCAGAUGCCUCGCGAGCUUCUCUUACGUGAUACGUAGCCUGUUGAACUUGGCCGUCACGAUAUUCACGCCUUGCGUCGCUCUGAAGGCUGUGAUUGGCUUGCCGUACUGGGCCAGUAUCUUGGGGAUCACCUCGAUAUCCGUCGUCUUCAGCGUUAUGGGUGGUUUGAAAGCAGCCAUCCUCUCGGAUGUCAUACAAGGAGUGACGAUGAUCGGCGUUUCGCUCGUGAUAAUCGCUAAGGGUUCCGCUGAUAUCGGACCUGAUAAGAUUUUGAACGUGACGUACGAACGUGGUCGAUUAGAUUUCUUCAACACAGAUUUGGAUCCCACCCUCCGAGUGACGACUCUGUCAGCAACCUUGGGUCAAUUAUUCAUGAGCCUGUCCAUCUUUGGCUGCCAGCAGAACUUUGUGCAACGAUACUGUAGCAUGACUAGUCAACGGAAAGUCAUAAAAUGGAUGCCGUGUCAGCUGAAAAUCGAGCCGAACAUCUGCAGCUGCGACUACGAUGGUAUAAUCCUGGUGUCGGGCUGCGCGCCGGGGUUCGAUGAGCCUGAGCCGUUCAAAACGGUGCUGUUCAGCGCUGCCCAGAUCGAUUCCGCUCUGGGCGUGAUCGGUGCGGUUUUGUCCAUCAAUUUGCCCGCGAAAAGGCUCAUUUACAGUCCGACCGGGCCGCUCAACAUGGAUUACCAUGACGUUCGCAGCUUCGCCGAGGCGGCCACUAAAGGCGUCAAAAGAGCGUUGAAGGCUGGCGUCAGGUGUCCGCUGCUUGCGCUUCUACCAGACAUCCGCUUCGAGAACGUCGAGCUGGUCACGCUUCUUGGAGCUCUAGAAGGCCUCUACGUACCGUUGGAGGUUCGAGAAACAUGCCCAGACCGAUGCUACAAGGCGUGUCAACUGGCCGUAUGGAGUCCGAUUUGCAGUAAAAAGCUUCAGGGUAUCGUGAAGCUGGCCUCGGCGCUCGAGAGCGGAAGAUACGUGGCGAGGGACAUCGGUGGCGCAGAUCCCGAAAGAAUGGCACCCCCAAGGGUCGAAGAGUACCUUGCGGAAUUGUUCUGCGGUACGAACGUGACGAUGCAGGUUGUAUCCGACCAGGAAACUCUGCUGCAGGAAUAUCCUCUGUUCGCGUGCGUGAACCGUGCAGCCUCCAUGAUACCCCGACACGCGGGUAGAAUUAUCUUUCUGACUUACGAGCCGCCUAAUCCUGCCUGCGUCCUGGAAACGGUUAUGCUCGUGGCUAAGGGUGUCACUUACGAUACCGGCGGCACCGACCUUAAGGUUGGCGGCUCGAUGUUCGGCAUGUCGAGGGAUAAAUGCGGAGCAGCAGCGUGCGCUGGAUUCAUGCAGGUGGUGAAUUUGCUGCAACCACCGACGGUGAAGGCUGUGGUGGCUCUGUGCGUGGUACGGAACAGCAUCGGUGAGAAUUCCUACGUCGCCGACGAGGUGAUCACCGCUAAGUCCGGCGUAAGGGUACGUGUCUCGAAUACGGACGCGGAUGGUCGCUUGGCUAUGGCCGAUGCUCUCUGUCACAUGAAAGAAAUGGCCCUGUGCUCGGUUAAUCCGCAUAUUUUCACUGUCGCGACGCUAACAAACCACGCGAUGCUCACCGUCGGUCGCGGAUACUCGAUCGCUAUGGACAAUGCAGUGGCGCGUUUAGUCAGCAACGCCGAGAAACUUCAAGCUUCCGGAGAGACAAUGGGCGAUCCAUUCGAGAUAUCAAGGAUACGAAGAGAGGACUUCCACUUCCACGAAGGUCGAACGGAAGGCGACGAUAUUUACCAAGCGCCACCUAAAGGCAGUAGCGUGACGAACAGAGGGCACCAAAAUCCAUCCGCCUUUUUAAUUAUGGCUUCCGGCCUGGACAAGCACGGAGCCUGUAGCUGUUCUCCCUUAAAAUACACGCACAUCGACAUAUUCGCACAUGUGCCCGAUCCUCACCACCUACCCUACAGCGGUAACCCCGUCCUGGCUCUGGCCUACUGCUACUUAAUCCAAGGCAAAUGUCUCACCGUACGAAACGACCUGCCCUUCGAGAUGCAAUACGUCUGCGAGGUGGAUUGCAAACCCGUGUGCCUUCAACCCUGUCAACCAUGUUAUCCACCGUGCCGUGCUGCAUGCGAUGUGAAGAUAUGUCCUCCAUCAAGCUGUUCCUGUUGUCCUCCGUCCACUCAACCCUGUGAUCCGUGCUGUCCUCCAGCUUGUCCACCUGCUCCUUGUGCACCUUGUCCACCCUGUCCACCGUGCGGGCAAAACGUAACCAUCGUAGAACCCGUUUGCAGACCGAACGUUCCGAAAUGUGUUAACUGAAACGACUGUUUUGUAAUAAAGUUUUAUUUUCAAAUAAAUUUUCUACGUGA